GGCCUGGCGGGGGUGCGGGAGCGGCGGCGGCGCCGAGCGGGGCGGGAGGAGCCGAGCGGGAGAUGCUGUCGCGGGCGGGGCUGCGGGCCCGGGCCGGCCUCGGGCUGCUGCAGCACUCCCAGCAGCUGAAGGCUGCGGCACGGCUGGCCCCGGCUCCAUGCCGCUGGAACUCCGGGCUGCCCGUCAACAUUGGGGUACUCUUCGUGCCCCAGCAGGAGGCCUGGGUGGUGGAGAGGAUGGGCAAGUUCCACCGAAUCCUCGAGCCUGGCUUGAACUUCCUCAUCCCUCUCCUGGAUCGGAUUCGUUAUGUGCAGAGUCUCAAAGAAAUCGUCAUUAAUGUCCCAGAGCAAUCAGCUGUCACACUGGAUAAUGUCACCCUGCAGAUCGACGGCGUGCUCUACCUGCGGGUUAUGGACCCCUACAAGGCCAGCUAUGGGGUGGAAGAUCCUGAGUAUGCAGUGACCCAGCUGGCCCAGACCACCAUGAGAUCUGAACUUGGCAAACUCUCCCUCGACAGAGUCUUCCGGGAGCGAGAGUCCCUCAAUGCCAGCAUUGUGGAUGCCAUCAACCAAGCUUCAGACUGCUGGGGCAUCCGGUGCCUGCGCUACGAGAUCAAGGACAUCCAUGUGCCCCCACGUGUGAAGGAAUCCAUGCAGAUGCAGGUGGAGGCAGAGCGACGGAAGCGGGCGACGGUGCUGGAGUCAGAGGGGACGCGGGAAUCUGCCAUCAACGUGGCUGAGGGCCAGAAGCAGGCCCAGAUCCUGGCGUCAGAAGCUGAGAAGGCUGAACAAAUCAACAAAGCUGCUGGGGAAGCCAAUGCCAUGCUGGUCAAGGCCAGGGCCAAGGCAGAGGCAAUUCAGCUCCUGGCAGCUGCUCUGUCACAGCAGCAUGGCAGUGCUGCUGCCUCCCUGUCUGUGGCAGAGCAGUAUGUGAACGCCUUCUCCAAGAUUGCCAAAGACUCCAACACCGUCCUGCUGCCUGCCAACACCGGCGACGUCACCAACAUGGUGGCACAGGCCCUGGGGAUAUACACCACACUGACCAAGCCACAAGCUGUGAAGAGCCAGGACGAGACGCUCCCAGCCCACGAGGAGCCCCAGCCUGCCUCCACGGAGAUGCUGAAGGCAGAGCAGGGAAGCUCCAGCUAACGGGGCUGGAAGGAUCCCGCUCCCUGUCACGAGGUCUGCUCCGCAACUGGCAGGCCUGUCCUGCCGCGGUCAGAUGCUCUUCUUCCCUUAGUCCCUAUUUUGUAUUUGGAUUUAAAUCAUGUAAUAAAUGGUACCGGUGCUGCUGCA